AGUUAAGUGACAUUUUAAAUUGGACAACACAGCUAUGGCCAUAUCAAUGCUGCAGGACGCGCAAACACGAAGCCUGGCAGCCGCUUUAGCUGGCAUCAAACGCGAGGAACUCGUUGUGGAUCGCUCCAUGUCCCUGUCACCGCCCAUGUCUGCCAACACAUCAGCGAGCAGCCCAGUGGCGUCAUCAAACUCUCACUCCCACUCCCACUCCUUAUAUCCGGCCAUGGGCCUGCAACAGGCAGCGGCAGCUUCCGCCUUUGGCAUGCUAUCGCCCACACAGUUGAUGGCUGCCAAUCGACAGGCGGCCGCCUUUAUGGCACAGCUGCCGAUGAGCACAUUGGCCAACACACUGUUUCCACACAAUCCGGCGGCGCUGUUUGGCGCUUGGGCGGCACAGCAUCAGCAGCAGCAGUCGCAGCAUCAGCAUCAGCAUCAGCAGCAGACACAGUUGCCCGUGCCCGGCACACAUCUGCACUCCCCGCCAGCCAGCCCCCAUUCGCCGGUGCCCAGCAGCGGCAAGCAUCCGUUGAGCUCGCCAAACAGCACGCCACAGCAUCACCAUCAUCAUCAUCAUCUGGAGCCGGUCAAGAAGGCGCGCAAGUUGUCGGUGAAGAAGGAAUUCCAAACGGAGAUCAGCAUGAGUGUCAGCGAUUUGUACCACACAUCCGGCGGACCCAUUUCGCCGCCCUCCAGUGGCAGCUCUCCAAACUCCUCGGCACAUGAAGCAACCUCGGCCAACAGCACAGCAGCUCCGGCAAAGGAUCCCUCCCGGGACAAGAGCUUCACAUGCAAGAUCUGCUCGCGCAGCUUUGGCUACAAGCACGUCCUGCAGAACCAUGAGCGCACCCACACCGGCGAGAAGCCCUUCGAGUGCCCCGAGUGCCACAAGCGCUUCACCCGGGAUCAUCACCUGAAGACGCACAUGCGCCUGCAUACCGGAGAGAAGCCCUAUCACUGCUCCCACUGCGAUCGCCAGUUCGUUCAGGUGGCCAAUCUGCGACGCCACCUCCGUGUCCACACCGGCGAGCGUCCGUACACCUGUGAGAUUUGCGAUGGCAAGUUCAGUGACUCCAAUCAGCUGAAGUCGCACAUGCUGGUGCACAAUGGCGAGAAGCCGUUCGAGUGCGAUCGCUGCCACAUGAAGUUCCGCCGGCGUCACCAUCUGAUGAACCACAAGUGUGGCAUUCAGUCUCCACCCACGCCAGCUCUCUCGCCAGCCAUGAGCGGCGACUACCCGAUCCCAAUGGCUGUGGCAGCUGCCGCCGCCUUGGAGUCAUCCACGAAUAAGUUCGCGGCGAUGUGUGCCAGCUAUGGUGGCUCCGAGGAGUCUGUGGAUCUGGCCAAGAGCAGCAUGGAUGAGGAUGCCCCACUCGACUUGUCUGAGGAUGGCGCCAGUUCGGUUGAUGGCCACUGCAGCAGCAAUGCGCGUCGCAAGGCGCAGGACAUCCGUCGGGUAUUCCGGCUGCCACCGCCACAGAUCGUGCACGUGGCCAGCGAUAUGCCGGAGCAGACAGAGCCCGAGGAUCUGAGCAUGCACUCGCCACGUUCCGCCGAAUCGCAGGAUCAGCACGAUGACAUCGAUCUCGAUGAGCUCGAUGAUGCAGCUGCUCUCUAUCUGCGCCAGCAACAGCUCCACUAGACACAGCAACAAGAACAGUACCCAGAUCCUCCAAAGAAAUUGUAAAUAUACAUAUGAUGACAAGGGCCAGUGAUCAUCAGAUGAAGCUGGCGUGGCGCAGAAACAAAAUUGCAAAUUUUGCUAAAACGUUUUCGGAACAGGAAUUUAUGCUAAGUACAAGCAAAAAUCAACAAAAAACAAAAUACAAAAAACAAAAAAAACAUUAUAAUUAUUAGUCAUUUAGCAAAAUGAAUUGCACAUAAAUCAAAACUCCCCCAAAAAAUUGUACAAAACACGCAACUAAAUUAAGACAAUUAUAAUAUAAGAACUUCCCUCUUUCCCCACACAAAACCUAACCCAGCAAAUAUUGUGCCAUUUUCAAUGUUUUAGUUGUUAGCUUAGCUUAUAGUUUAAAUAGCUUAUAAUCCUUAGUUGUUGUUCAGAGAUUGUAAAUAGCCAGCGAAGCGAUUGCAGCUGCCAAUUGUAAAUUACACAGCGCUCCCCCCAAAAAAACAAACACAAAGUCAUAAAAACCAACAAAAAACCAAUCAAAAACAAAAUAUAUAUUAAUUAUAGUUUUAGUUAUUGUUUAGUCUAAUUUAACAAUCAUUUGAUUAUUCUCAAAGAAAAUGCCAAUCAAGAAACAAAUCGAAAUCGAAUCGAAAAUCAAAAUUAACUUUAAGU